AUGGCGACAGAUAGCUUAUUAAGUAUCGACAUUGCAAAUCUCAAGGCGGACAUUCUCGCGCCGUUAGAGUCGGGCCACGAACACCCAGAUUCAGAACACAACCGGCACACAGGAGUCCAGAGCACGGCAGAAAAUUACCAUCACCCUUCCCUUCCUGAUUCUGGACCAGCCUCCAUCCCCCAACUUCCCAGCACUGUCCCCGAUUCUCAAGUGAUCCUCACAGAUGCCGAAAGCCAACUGCAAUUCCUCCCGCCUGCGUUCGCGCCGAACAAAGCGGUUGCCACCACACAGAAGAUGAUUAGUCAAGGAAGUGAUGCUCCGACGCAAGAACUGUCUCCUUCGCACUAUGAGCCUCUUCUCAACCGCAGUAGAGGUGCUGGACAAUUGCAAGACGAAGGAUACGACCUUGAGCUGGUCCAAGACUUAAAAGAAGAGACGGGACCAACAUUGCAUGAGGGUGAUGAAGGUCACAUUGAUUUGAUUUCAAGUUUGGUUUCAGAAAAGGAUGCAGUCAGCGAUGGAGACGAGGAGGACCCGGAGCCCGUCCAGGUGGACUUUUCUCCUACCAAGUCACCACGCGCUCUUUCCCAGUUUCCAGAAUCCCAGCGAUUCAAGACACCAGCCACUGCUGGUAGGAAGAGAAGGUACAACGGAGACAUCAUUGACAGCCCCGAGUUGCCUCGCAAUCCUCUAUUGCGAGGCGGCGAAGCUCAUGCUCAUGUCAUGGGUCUCAGCCAGGCGUUUGCUGCAACUCAGGCCAACACUUCGCCCUUUGUCGGCGAUGUCAGUGGAGAUCUGCAUUCCGACCGUCCCUCACCAAACAUCGAGCUACAGCCGCGUCCUAUGACAGCUGCCACUUCAUCGCCCUUACGGCCCAUUUCCGACUUUAAGCGAGCAUCGACGGAACCAGCCUCUCGAUAUGUCUCUGUACAGCAGUCCCAGGCCCUGCGAGAACGGGCUCGUCGAAAACAAUUGGAAAUGCUUAACGAGGACGAAGAUUCUGACCACGAUAGUUUCAACGACGACGAGGAUAGCUUCCUUGACAGAGAGCGGAGACGGCGUGAGCGUGACCGAAAGAUCCAGGCCCAACUUUCGUCAAUAUCCAAGCAAUCUAUGCGAAGUAUCUCCGUGUCCAAGUCUUCUCCCAUCCCUGCACCGACUCGAAGUUCUCCAGAGAGAAAUCUGCCUGUAAAUCGACCUAGCACUCAAAGUGAUUCAAGCCCAAUCAGGCGUGAUCGACACAUCUCGAGCAAUGAAAGUGAGGAAGAGACGGAGCACGAAGAUAACUCCUCCGUCGCCGUGGCACGCUCAAGUCAGCCGGUGGUGCUGGUCGACGACGAAGACAAGGAGAAUUUUUCUGACCGAGCAAGUCAAAUACCUGAAACCACUGCUAGACUCCAAAGGGUUAUGAGCGAUUUGCCUUCUCACGUACAAGACAGCCCCUCACUCAGACAUGGCCACGAGACUCACAGUCACGCCAUAGCCUUCAACAGUUCACAACCGUUUGCUGUAGCAGAUUCGCAGCCUGAACGACAUCUGAAGCAACUUCGGACGACUACCCAAGUUCCCAGAUCUUCAGUUGCUGAUGGAGUGCUUGAUUUUGUUCCACAGUCUGCAACAUCAUCCCCGGCAGGACCUUUCACUACAACUCGAAGGGACUCGGCCUCGGCCAUAGCUGUUGACCUCUCCAGUGCGGCAGCGGAUGGGCAUCUCUCGGCCAGGAAGGACUUGUCAAAUACUGGACUUGACCGCACUGGGCUGAGCUCGGGUUCCCAGACGCGCCAACCACCAGCUAGCACGAUUCCUGAGACUAGUUCCAACGAACAACAGGUUCAAAGGGGGAAAGAGUCCGAGCCAAAACCUCAGAAUGGGGAUGAUGAGAGUCAUGAUGCCUUUGAUACAGCACAGACUCACAAGCAAGCCUCCACCACGACCAUUGACCAACCUGCCGCGACCGAGUUGAGUAGCCCCCCAAUUAUCACUACGCCGCCGGGGCAGCGGCGGAAACGCAUGGCGGAGAUUGCUGCAGAACCAUCGCCUCUCAGAUCACAAGUCAGCUUUAACGCAUUUGAGGCUCUGCAGCUGGACGCGAACUUUCAAAGUCCCAAACAGGUGAAUCUAUCCCCAAAGCGGACGGAUAGAAAGGUAUCGAAGGAUGAGGAUGUGCCUGCCGCCCUCGGUUCUGGUAGAAGACAAAGGAGGAACCUUGCCAUCGAACAAGAUCUGAAUGAAUCUUCUACUCCGCAAAAGGAUCAGAAGGGGCUGGGCAAUCCUGAACCAGGACCAGACAAUGGUAGCUCGGAAAAGCACGUGCAAGCCGUGCCACCACCUAUAUCAUACCCGCAAAGGGAAAGGAGGCCAACUGCGAAGGCCUUAAAUGCUCUCAGUACGCAGCCUCUGGCCGCAAUCUCGAACGCUCGCGCGUCGCAAUGGGACCUUCAGGACUCACCGCCACAAAAAGCCGUUCCACUCAGGAAGCCUUCGACAGGUGUGAAACGGAAGGCAAGAGAUGAUGGUGUGUCCACGGAGACUCCCAUUAUGUUAAGCAAAAGGCUCAAAGUAAUGAAGAACGCUGCACAGGAGCCUUGUUUGCCUGAGAGCAUCGAACAGCACCAAUACCGCGUCAAUUCUAUUGGCUUGGAUAAAUCUCUAGACUUGAAUACUGCCGUGGCCGCACAAGCCGACAUUGAGGCGGAAAAUCGCACAAGCGAGCGAGAUAUUGCUCCAAAUAUGGUAUUUGCCUGCUUCAAUGGUAAAACCCGCGCCUAUUACCCUGCCAUUUGUCUUGGGUGUCCGAACUCUGACUCUAACCGAUUUCUGAUCCGGUGGGAAGGAUACGACCCAGAUGAGGUCGAUGAGUAUGGUGUGCGGAGCUUGGACCUGCGUAUUGGAGACCAAGUCAAAAUAGACAUGCAAGGUUUUCCCAAGGUCUCUCACGUCAUACGAGGUUUCGAAGACAAAAUUGUGCAAGAGAAUAUCCCGACCGAGCGAGCGGUGGUGACUGAUAUUCGCGGGUAUCAGACAAUUCUCGUGGCUCCAAAGCAACGGAAGAGCCUGCUUGCAGACGGGUCGGCUGAGAAUGUCAAGAAGGUGCCUGUCUCGGCAGUAUACCUGGACAGCAUCAUGUGGGGGCAGAUGAAAGACCGGAUCUACGAGUACAAGCCUUCAAUUCACGCUGAGCUUUCAUCUGGCGUUUCCACCCCCUUGGAUCGAGCUUCUACACCAACCACGCCUUCAUCACGGACUCGUCGAGGCAUAACUGCACCUGGACCCUUGGCUGGACAAACUGACAUAUCGAAAGGUCUACUCAGUAAGAUGGCGUUCGCGAUUUCAUACGAAGACAGCGACCGUAGACGAAAUCUCGUGGAACUGGUGCAGAACAAUGGUGGUAUUGUCCUACAGGAGUCUUUUCUCGACCUCUUUGAGCCCGACUCGAUGCAGCUAAAAGAAGAAUUUUCUGGCUUCUCGUUCGCUGCUCUGCUCGCCGACCGCCACUCACGAAAAGAGAAAUACCUUCAGGCUCUAGCGCUGGGAUUCCCUUGCCUCAGUGGGAGAUGGAUCGAGGUUUGCGUCGAGUCCGGUAAGAUUGUUGACUGGGCAAGUUACCUCCUCCCAGCUGGAGAAAGCUCUGAGCUCGAAGGCGCAACAAAGUCGCGCAUCUUGCCCUUCUCAGCAAGUGCGGAGGGUUUGAGAGUCAAAGAUAUUAUCAGUGUAAGACCCAAAAUCCUCAGUGAUUCGCAAGUCAUUGUCGUGAUGGGCAAGGGCAAGGCUGAGGCCAAGCGGCGACCAUAUCUCUCGCUUGUGCGUGCCCUGGAUCCGGCAAAAGUUGAGCUGGAACCUGAUCUGGUGUCUGUGAAGACAAGGCUGGAAGCUGGUUUGGACGAGGGCGAGACACAUAAAUAUGUCUUUGUGGAUGAUCGAGAAGUCGAAGCGGCAAAGGCCACAUUCUCGACAUCAGCGUCGAACAGAAGAGGUGAUCAGCCUGGGUGUGGCCGCAAACGAGGCAUCCGGAAACAUGAAGGCGUUCAAGAACACGAGGAUACGGAUGCAAACGCGGGGACGAGCCACCGUGAUGCUAAGAUCAAAGUGAUGUGCAACGAGGACAUUGUGCAGAGUCUGAUCUUGGGGAAAUUGUGGAUUGGAUGA